AUGUCGAGCCUACACGCCCUCGCGCCGAGAGGAGAUCUUCUCCCUUACAAAGGCGACUUCUACCUAUGGAGCUAUGUUCCAUCAAUGCCGGCUGCCGUUAUCUUCACUAUCCUAUUUCUCGUAUUAUCGGCAGCACAUACGUGGAAGAUGAUUCGCUGCCGCCUCUGGUUCUGCAUUGCCUUUACCAUUGGCGGUUAUAUGGAAGUCGUUGGCUUCAUCGGCCGAAUCGCCGCCCACAACGGAACCGAUCAACUCAUGCCCUACAUCAUCCAAUCCGUCUUUCUGCUCAUCCCACCGUCUCUCUUUGCCGCCUCCAUCUACAUGACGCUCGGUCGAAUUAUCCGCGGCCUCGGAUCUAAGGGCGAGAUGUGCUCCAUCAUUAAAGUGAAAUGGCUUACGACUACUUUCGUAGUUGGAGACGUCUUUUCAUUCUUGAUCCAGAGCACUGGGGCUGGGAUGAUGGCCGCCGGCGAUGAUCCGAAGCUGGGCGAAAAUAUCGUUGUUGGUGGAUUGUUCAUCCAAAUCAUCUUCUUUGGGCUCUUUGUUGGUGCAUCGGUCAUCUUCCAUCUCCGAUACAGACGCAACAGCAUGAACUGGCCCGGCACCAGAACAGAAGGGAGUUUUGACUGGCAAAAGAUGAUGAUGAUGCUGUAUGCCACCUCGGCCCUCAUUCUAAUUCGUUGCGUCUUUCGUAUCAUAGAAUACGUCAUGGGGCAUGAUGCUUAUCCUCUCAAGAAUGAGUGGACGCUAUAUGUGUUUGAUGCGGUGCUCAUGGCUAUGACGAUGGCUAUCUUCUAUGUGUGGUAUCCCUCUCAGAUUCAGCAGUUUCAGCCACUUGGCCAGACGGAAGCUGUUAGUCUCGCGUAUGGUGGCAACUCGAUGGAUGGCCGUCCUUCGAAGUGA